UAGGUCCGCUAGGUCCGCUAGGUAGUCCGCUAGGUAGUCCGCUAGGUAGUCCGCUAGGUCCACUAGGUCCACUCACUAUUAGGUAUGUUAGUCUCAGCUUAGCAAUUGUUCUAUUGGGUACGUUAGUCUUAGGUUCCUUGAUUUUGUCAGCCUUAGGUAUGUUAGAGUUAGCACUUGGGUGGUCUGUUAAGUAUACUGGAUCCGCUCGCUCCAGUACUGGGUCCAUCAACUGGUACCGUGUUUAAUUUGAAAACGUUUUGUAAUAUCUUUUGUUUUUUAAUCUUUACUUGUUAUUGUGUCAAGAGUAAGCUUGAAAAGUAUCACCAUAUAGUAAAAAAUAGUGUUUAUAGAGUACUACGCAUAUCCUGUGUAAAGCCCCGUUAUCACCAUUUUGUGUGUUGUGAUACUAUGCAUGUUCAUUCAUUAAAGCUAUGCUAAAUUGUAAACUUAAAGUAAUGACUUCUCGUCCUCCUAGCUACGUCACCGUGGCAGUACACUCUCGCCUUUGAACCACACGAUGUAAGGUGUAGGCUUAAUAUUUCAACGCUGCAGUUACGUGUGCCCUUUUGCAAAACAGCUAACUAAUUAUUCCAGCUUGGUUAUCUAAAUAGUCAGCCAUACAAAAUACAUAUAACAACAAUCACCCAUUACGUUACAUUAUUAGUAACCGGGUAUGAGGUGCCCGAAACAGGACUGUUGCUGCCCGCAACGUAUAAGGAUGAAUUAAGUUACAUUUAAAACAUCAAAUAACAUAUUAAAUGUGUUGAAACUACAUAGAACAAAUAAACAAGCCUAUACUUUAUAUUAACGGAAACAAGUUUUGCAAAAUAACAUAAAGCAUGGAUAGUAUGUGGGAAGAAUAGUCAUACGAAAACGUCUUUCAUGAAUAUAAUUAAUCCAAAGUGUAUGCGUUUUUUAUCUCAGGAAACUUUAGCAAGCUUACAGCAAGACAUAAGAAUAAAUAAUAAAUAUGCCUAAGAAUAAAACCAAGAACUAUCCAUGCACAAUUUGUAACGAAAAUUGUAAAAUGUCGUGUAUUGAAUGCUGGUCUUGUAAGGAAUGGGUCCACUAUGCGUGUUUGGACAUUUCGCAGGAAAACAUACAAGAAUGGAGAAACACACGUUUAAAAUUUUUUUGCAGCAAAUGUGCAACGACAAACAACAACAAAGAGGUAUACGAUUUCGAACGUGCUCUUUCCCGAAUAAAUUCCAGCCUUUCUGCAAAAUGCACGAAGUCUUUUUGUAAGGUUAUCGCCAACCAAGAGCUGUUGUUGAUUGAAACAUACAAAGCUCAACUCCUUCCACCAUUUCAUUACAGUCCUAUUGACCCGGUUAUGGAUAAUACAUCAACAAUGAUAUUAAAAUCUUUUCAUCCUUCUGUGUUAAGCACACACUAUCCGAUUAAUGCUAUUGGAGACGGCAAUUGCAUGUACAGGGCAGCAGCAAUUGCAUUAUUUGGCACACAGGAGUUUCACGUGCAGUUGCGAUUGGCUGUUGUAUUAGAAGUUUUAAAGUACCCAGAAUUCUACUGCACAAAGAAAAGCAAAUUUAUCUUGCCGGAUGUGAAUGUUGUAACGCCUUAUUACAAAGACGUUUGCUUUUCCGCAAGUCGUAUCAAUGGGUACGCAGAUUUGAUUCAUAUUUAUGCCCUAAGCGCCGCCGUCAGACAUAAAUUUACCUCAUAUAGGCCCACAAUUGGGCCAUUGGACAGGAGAGGAAUUGUGUACACAAGGGACAUUAAAGGAAGAGACAUCAAUUCGCGCAACAAAUUUGGGGGUAUUUUAAUGUGGACCAGUACAGAUUUGCACUCAACAAAACCUAACAUACGUAAAUUUCUUCCAAACCAUUUCUGUCUCCUACGGGAACGUUUAAAAUCAGAACAUGAGUUAAUUUCUGCUAUAACAAUUAGUGACAAUAGCACUGCAACACAAGAAGAACCCAUCCCAGAAUUUGACCCGGAAGAAGGUAUCGCAGAAUUUGACCCGGAAUUGACCCAGAAAAAGGUAUCGCAGAAUUUGACCCGGAAGAACCCAACCCAAAAUUUGACCCGUAAGAAGGUAUCGCAGAAUUUGACCCGGAAGAAGGUAUCGCAGAAUUUGACCCAGAAGAACCCAACCCAGAAUUUGACCCGGAAGAAGGUAUCGCAGAAUUUGACCCGGAAGAAGGUAUCGCAGAAUUUGACCCGAAAGAUUUGUAUGACCCCUUCAUGAACCCAAAUAAACAAAUUACAGAUGGAUUUAAAAAACUUCCUUUUAAAAAUACUUUUUUAUCCCUCCAGGAAGCAAUCGACAUUUUAUUAAAUCAUUGUAAACCAGUAGAACAGUGCAUUCCAAGCGGAGUGAAAGACAACGUUUAUUUUGUAGUGGAUAAUUUGGACAGUGUUGAGAGAGCAACAAAA